CUCUUCUAAAGGAAGGAAGAAAAAUGUGAAACCAGGAAAGACUAAAUUAUUAUUCACUUUCUGGGCCAAGAAAUGGCUGGAAUGCCCAGGUCUGUGUUUUUUACCUUUACCAUAGGGAUAGCACUUGGAUUUGCCUUCACAUAUAUCUUCAUGAUGGCCUCACACUCAGACAUUAGCUCACAUCAGCGAAUGAAAAUGGUCUCUGAAAACUCAGUUCCCAAUGACCCACACAGUCAUGGAGAGUUCGACAACCUAAAAGGGCCUGAGAACAUGCAGAAUUGGCAUGAUGAUGAUGAAGAAAAUCAUAAAGGCGAGGCUGUUGAGGCUGAGCUAUUGGCUAAGAAGGUUAGAGUUCUGUGUUGGAUAAUGACCAGUCCAUCCACUCUGUACUCCAAAGCUAAGCACGUCAAAGCAACAUGGGGAAAACGCUGCAAUAAAAUUGUCUUCAUGAGUUCACAAUUAGAUCCAAACUUUCCAGCAGUCGGUCUUCCUGUUGGAGAAGGUCGUGAUAAUCUCUGGGGGAAAACUAGAGAAGCGUUCAAGUAUGUCUAUAAGCAUCAUUUCAACGAUGCUGAUUGGUUCAUGAAAGCUGACGAUGACACAUACGUUGUCGUGGAGAAUCUACGUUUUAUGAUCGAACAGUUCAAUCCAAAGGAACCAUUAUAUUUAGGUCGUCGAUUUCGACCGUAUACUAGAAAUGGUUACAUGAGUGGUGGUGCGGGAUACGUUUUAAGCAAGGAGGCUCUGAGACGAUUUGUUGAAGAAGCAAUGCCUGACGAGUCAGUGUGUCGCUCAGAUCCUGGCGGCAUGGAGGAUCUAGAAAUGGGGAAAUGUUUAGAAAAUGUAGAUGUCAAAAUCAAAGAUUCUAGAGACUCAAGUGGUAGAGAGAGAUUCCAUCCAUUUAUACCAGAGCAUCAUUUGAUACCAGAUUUCAUCCCAAAAGAUAAUUGGUAUUUUUCAUAUAACUAUUACCCUGCAAAACAGGGCCCAGAUUGCUGUAGUGACUAUGCAAUCUCAUUUCAUUAUGUCUCACCGAAUAUGAUGUAUGUGUUAGAAUACUUAAUAUACCACCUGAAACCAUAUGGUAUCCAGUCUAAGCUUGUGCUGCCUAAAUCAGAUCAUAGUGUCGAAAAUGCAGUGAUCAAAACCUCAGAUGAUAAUGAUAAUAACAAUGACAUUAACGUACAUGUUGAUGCUGAUAACCAAGCUCCACCAGAUGUUAAUGGAGAAACAAAAGCAAAAGAUGUUGAAAUCCAAGAAAUUCAGGAAAAUCCAAUAGACAAGGAAAAUAAGAUUCUAGUAAAAGCCCCAGAAGAGUCAGUUGUAUUACAUAAAGAGGGAAGUAGGACUGCAAGAUUUAUGGAUAAAUUCAAAGAAAAACUUAACCACCUGAAAGUUCUAGAUAAAAAGGAUAAAGCAGGAAGUAAUAGGGGUAGUUAAAACUAGAAUCAGAGAUAGUAAGCAGUUUUUCAAAAAUUAGAAUCCAUUUUGCCCUCUUAAUUCCUCAUCAUGCAAAAAUCUGAAUAAACAACGACUACUCCCGUCAAGGGAAGUAGAUAUCAACAGAGUUAAGUAUUGUAGCCACGUAAAAUAUCUUGUUUUGAAGAACUUAUUUCUACCUAAAUUAAUUUCUCAUAAUAUAGAAUUUAUAUUUUGAGAUAUAAUAUUUAGAAUAUAAAUCACACAUGGACUAUUCCAUUAAUAUUAUACAUUUUAUUUUAUGUGUUUACCUCAUGUUUGACAAAUUAAAGGGUAGUAGGAAGUUAUUUUCCUAUCAAACAUAUGCUCUGAGAAAACACUGUCAUGCUACUGUUAACAUACAGACUGUAUAUAUGAUAGUACUAUAUAAUGUGUGAUGAAAGAACAUGUACUACGCAAGUAUGUUAGUCUAAAGCUUUCCACUGGUAUAUAUAUCCGAAGAAUCCCAACGAUAUAUAUUACUCUAGCUGGUUAUUACUCUCAUGUAAUGUCCAAAAUGACACGGAAUUUGAUGAAAUAUCCUUUGUUCCUACUUAUGAGUGGUUUCUAGUUGUAAAAUGAGUCUAGUCUAAUUAUAUCAAAACCUAAUUCUCAUUUGUGUUCUGCAGUAUAAUUUGAAAAGCUGUAAGGUGGGUACUAUCCAGACCUUAUGAUACAGUGAGUUUGCUUAGCAAUAUCAUUGCUCAGGCAAGGGGCCUAGUCUAUUGGCAAACUCAUCAGUAAGAUCAGCUUAACAUAGAUCCUGAAAUACUCACAGUAUGAUGAUGUCUGGUUCGUACCCGUGAUCUAGUCUACAGGGUAAUUGCUGACUUGGACAUUCUUAAACCUUGUACAAGGGUGUGUUACUAGAACAUUUUGAACUUUUACAGGGGUGCGUUACCAGAACAUUCUUUAAUAUAAUGAUUAUUCUAAUAUGAUACUUGGCGUCACAAUAGCUAGAACAAUUGAUUUAUGGUCUAUAUUGGAGUAUGUAUG